AUGUCGUUGUAUAGGGUGAGACAACAGCGGGAGUGCUCGCAGGCAGCAGCCACUGUUUUCCCAUCCAGCAGCGACCCUCGGUACCGCUGUGAACCGCACUGGCUUGCUUCGUCCGCCACAGCCUUCCACGAACUGGAAGCGCCCUGCCCACCAUCUCCACCGUUCAUGGCCCGCCCACCGUCGCCCUCUCGCCUUCUGCCGCCGCCCCUCAACCCCGCUCCUGCAAUUCUUCCUCUCGCCGCCUUAACAUGUCCUUCAGUUCCCCCUCUCUAUCCUUGCUCGCUCUCCCUCCCCCUUCCCUUCCCCUCUCCCUCCCCAUUCGCCUCCCCCAUCCCCCCCCUCUCUCCCUUCACUCAAACACACCCGCAGGCGUGGGCGGACGCCUACGGGCUCUCCGCCGACUCGCUGCUUCCGCCCUCGCCCCUCUCCCUUCCGCCCUCCCUCCCCCCCGCCCCUCAUCUCGAGGACUGCGCCGCGCUCACAGCGCUGCGCCAGCAGGCGGAGCAGCGGGGGGAAGGGGGGGAGCCGCCAGCUUGGGCGGACCCCCUGCGGAGCAGCGAGGGCGACUGCUGUGACACGAGGGCCACAUGGCACGCGGUACAAUCUCCCUCAGACCCCCUCUCCUCCUCCUCCUCCUCCUCCUCCUCCUCCUCCUCCUCCUCCUCCUCCUCCUCCUCCUCCUCCUCCUCCUCCUCCCCUCCUCCUCCUCCUCCUCCUCCUCCUCCUCCUCCUCCUCCUCCUCCUCCUCCUCCUCCUCCUCCUCCUCCUCCUCCUCCUCCUCCUCCUCCUCCUCCUCCUCCUCCUCCUCCUCCUCCUCCUCCUCCUCCUCCUCCUCCUCCUCCUCCUCCUCCUCCUCCUCCUCCUCCUCCUCCUUCUCCUCCUCCUCCUCCUCCUCCUCCUCUCCCUCGUGCAACUGCCCUCCACAGCCACCGUGGUGAGCCUUCUUCGCAUUCUACCCUACCCCAUUCGCCCUUGUUCCCUGCGGCCUUCCCACCCUUCCCCACCCGCCCUUCCUCACACCCCUUCCCCAUGCACCCUUAUCCGUGCACCCAUCCCCCCUCUACCUCCCCCAAGGUGCGGGGGGCGGACAGCAACAGCCUGGCCAUGACGUGCCAAUCGCAGCGCGACAUCUGGCUGCACCAGAUGCUGCCUCCCCGCGCCUGCCAGGGCCGGCGCCUGCUGCUCGUGCCGUGGAGCACCGGCAUGUACCAUGGCGUGGGGUCGCAGGUGCAUCUGAUGGGUGCAUUCCUGGGGCUGGCAAUGCUGCACAACCGCACGCUCGUCCCGCUCGCCAACUCCUUUGACCGCGCCAACCACCCGCACUGCCAAGGUCGCUUCACCUGCACCGUCUGCCCAUUGCCCUCCUCCUUGCUCUCACAGCUGCCCAUUGCCCUCCUCCUUGCUCUCACAGCUGCCCAUUGCCCUCCUCCUUGCUCUGUCCCUUUCCUAUUGCCUUGUUCACUAACCCUCUCCAUCACCCGUCUCUCACGCGCACGGCAACCUGAAGGACAUGCAAGAGGAGAUUGGAUGAUCAUUAGACAGGAGGUGUUGAGGAUAGUGGCCACUCGGAUCGGAGGGGAAGGCGGUGUUGCGUCUCAAGGGUCGAAGUGCACUUCAACCUUUCAACCCCACGUAUCCCUUGUGCUCAGGGUGGAGUGCGGAUGGAGUGAGAGUUGUCUCUCACGGAGCCGGUUUCCUGACACCUAUGACAUGAGAAGCGGCAAGAGCGAGAGGCACAUGUUCGAUUGCUCUCAACACUCUCCUCCCUCCCCUGCUCUCCCUUUUCUCUCUGCCCUCCGUUCUAUCCUCCCCUGUUCCUCUCUUUGCCCUACCGCCUGCUGUGCAGCCACGGGGCAGCAGGGCGCGUGGGAGUGUUUCUUCUUCCCCAUGGUGUCCCCCGACUGCGAGGCGGAGCUCAACCGCCUGCGAGCACGGGAUGCCAUCGGGGACUGCGUCACGGGGGAGGAGCUCGGGUAUGAUAGGGCCGCGCAGUCGGAGAAACAGCUUUUCCCCGCCACCUCCCCCCUUCCGCCUCCCCCCUUUCCCCAUCCGCCUUCCACCCACCGCCUUCCCCCCUCCGCCUCCCCCUUUCCGCCCCCCGCCCUCCUCCACCCCUCGGCUCCCAUGGCACGUGCCAUGGAGCGUGAGGCGGUGGUGUGCCUCAACCCCGCCACGGGCGUCGUCAUGCCAUGCAACAGGGAGGUGCUAAUCUCCCCCCACCUUCUGCCUCGAACCCUCUGCCUCCCCUCCUCCACCUCCCCCUCUGCCUCGUCCCUUCCACCUCCCCCUGUGUGUGCUCACCAGGCGGCAGUGUGCCUCGACCCCACCACGGACGUGUUCAUGAGCUACGAGGGCCGGGCAGCAUCGCUGUGGGGCGAUGCGUACCUGGCGGACGCGGACGUGGUGGAGCAUGGCGGCCACGUGGCCUCCACCAGCGCCGACACCAAGAUGGUGCACUGGUGGCGGGCGCAGGCGGUGCGCUUCAUGCUGAGGUGGCCAUCAGCCCAUCUCUGCCACGUCAUCAACCAACAGAGACACACCGCCUAUGGCAUGCACGUGGCCAAUCGCAUCGCUUCUUUCCACUCCUCCUCUCACUCCACCAACCCCCCAUCCUCACCCCCCUCCUCUCAUCUCUCUUCACUCCAUGCCUUCUCACUCGCUCUCCAACACUACGAGUCGUGCGUUAGUGAUGCUUCACCUGCUGCUGCUGCCACUGCAUCUGCCGCUUCGGCUUCUCCUAACACUCCUGUGGAUCCCCCAGCUACCGCCAGCACCUCUUGGCACCGCAUGUCACUGCCCAGCACACCCACAGACCUAGUCAGAGAGCCGUACAUGCAGCGGCCGAUAGUGAGCAUGCACGUGAGGCAGAGCGACAAGCUGUCGGAGAUGCGGGUGCUGUCGCUGCCCGCCCACAUGUUCCUCGCCUACCGCCUGCGCCGCGCACUCGUGGACCUCCGACACGUGUGGCUCAACACUGAAGCUCAGUCGGUGAUCAACGAGACGGCGCACUACCCCGACUGGCACUUCCUCUUCGCCACCAACGCCCGCCAGCCGUCCCACUCGGAGCGCAACCGCGAGUAUGACGCCGCACAGUCCGUGGCUGCCAGCUUGGCGAGCGCCCUCAUAGCAGCGCAGUGCGAUGGGUUCAUCGGGUCGCUGGGUUCCAACUGGAGCCGCCUCAUCAACGAGCUCCGAGCCACCAAUGGGCGGCUGUACAGCGGCUUGGUGGCCAUGAACCUGGGCGAGUGGUGA